GUGACUGUGUUUGGCAUCAUAGUGGUCAUGUGACCUCGAGUCUAUAGAUAUCAAGGUCUGAGGUCAGGUUUCAGCUGCAGAGACGCAGCAUGGAGGACUGCUGCUUUCGAACAAGGAUGGCGGUAUGGUGGGCAAGGCUGCAGAUCAAAGAUCUACCUGUUCACCUGUGAGCUGUGACAUUAGCUAACAGGAAGUGGUCAUAAUGGUUGGCGUGGUGGCGUGUGGCUCUGUGAGCUCCAUCAAGGCUCUGUGGGAGACCAGGAUCAAGAAGGUCGAACAGGAGCAGGAGGAUCAGAGAAGCAGGAAGGCUAGGGGCGGGGCCACAGGCAGGCUGAGUGUUGGUGUUUGGGAGGACCGGGCGGUUCUGGCUCGACUGAAACAGAAGCUGCAGACUGAAGAUGGACGUCUGAUCCUCCGAAUUGAACAGGAGGAAUGGAAGUCGCUGCCAGGCUGUCUGGUCCAGCUCAGUCAGGUCCAGGAGUGGCAGAUUCACCGAACCGGACUACAGAAAAUCCCUCACUUCAUCUCCAGCUUCCAGAAUCUUUUAGUUAUAGAUCUAUCCCGUAACGGGAUCACAGAGAUCCCCAAACAGAUUGGAAAGCUGACUCGGCUCAGGGAGCUCCUUCUGAGCUACAACAGAGUCCAGUUUGUUCCUGAAGAGCUGAGCAGCUGUGAGAGUCUGGAGAGAUUGGAGCUGGCCAUGAACCGAGACCUGAACCAACUACCUGACCAGCUGCAGAACCUGAAGAACCUGCAGCACCUGGACCUGUCCAUGAACGACUUCACCUGCAUGCCGGACUGUGUGGUCGCUCUUCCCGCACUUGAGUGGCUCGAUAUGGGGGGAAACCAGCUGCAGCGCCUACCUGAAGACAUACACAGGAUGGAGAAGCUGCACACUCUGUGGCUGCAGAGGAAUGAGCUCGAGAAACUCCCUGACAACAUCAGCAGGAUGGCCAGCCUGGACACGCUGGUCCUCAGCAGCAACAGACUGAGAGACAUCCCGUCUCUGAUGGAGGACAUGUCCAACCUCAGGUUUGUGAAUUUCCGGGACAAUCCUCUGACUCUGGACGUGACUCUGCCGUGCAGCAGGACUGAGACGGAGGAUGAGGAGGACGACGAUGAAGAUGACAGAGAGAUGUUUGGACGAGAGUUCAUGCUGAUGUACAUCAAGGAGUCCAGGAAGAGAGCGUACGCUGUGCUUAACAUGCACUGUGUCAACCAGCCGAUCGAUGACCCUUCAGAAUAAAAUUUCUUCUUCUGGACUUUUCUCUAAGAGCUCAGCAUCAGGUUUUACAAUCAGAGAAGACAAAGAUUCUCAGGCGCCAAAGUUCUAGAAAGACUCUGUGCUCACUGUUUGUAAUGUGAAAACUUUUUACAAGUUCUUGUCAGAUCAUGCAAAUCCUUAUCAUACUGUAUUUUUCUGUAGUUUGAGUUUGUGCAUUAUGUAGAACACUAGACUGAACACAUGAGGGAGGAGCUUUAUUAAAAAAACGUAACAAACAUUC